AUGUCGACAGACCGCGGAAUGCCAGUGAAGAGAGAUGCGAACAUCCAAGACGUGGAAAAUGACGAGUUUCCAAUCUUGUGUGAAACUUGUCUGGGAAACAACCCCUACGUCCGAAUGAUUCGCGUUCCUUAUGGAAAGGGGUGUAAGAGUUGUGGCAGACCCUUUACGAAUUUCCGAUGGAAGGCAGGGACGGACGCACGAUAUAAAUCUACGCAAGUUUGCCAAAUGUGUGCAAAAACGAAAAAUGUUUGCCAGUGCUGCGUUCUGGAUUUGACAUUUGGCUUGCCCACACAGGUGCGAGAUACAUUCCUUGCCCGGCAGCAAGUUUUGACGAUGCCCAUUGAGAAGGCAAAUCGUGCAGUAUAUAUGCAGGAAAUGGAAAAGAAGGUACUGCCCCCUUAUCGGACAUUAUUCACUGAAGUCAACGCUACAUUGCUACGACUGGCGCGAAAGAAGCCUUUCUACCAGCGAAACCUUCCUCAAUUGUGUUCUUUUUAUGCACGCGGCUGCUGCACACGAGGAAAGAGCUGUCCUUACAGGUAUUCUUCGCAUGGCGGCAUUCUCUGUAGACAUGAGCUUCCCCACGAUCCGAACGACCCCCUGAACAAACAAAACGUGAAAGAUCGGUUUGACGGCAAAAAUGAUCCAGUGGCUCAGAAGAUUCUGGAACGAAUAAAGCAGCAAGAAAAGGACGAAGAGCGCGAGAGAAAGGAGGUAAUUUCCCGCUAUUUGAUUAAAGGAUAG